UGGCUUCUGAGCAGGUGCAGGUCCCGCGGGGACUGAGCCCCAGCGGCGCGUUGCAGCGUGUUUCUCCGCGGCUCACGUCCCGGGACAGAGCGGACUCCACGCCCGUGUCCACCCUCAUCUUCCCUGUCCAAGUGCAUCCCGUCACCGGCACUGCCGGCCCAGCCGAAGGAACUGCCCCCGUUCAGAAGCGAGAGACCUGCACACGGGACCUGCCGAGUGUCUCCCUGUCCUCACGGAGGCGGCCCCGGGGGAAGAGAUUUCUAGCUGUGUUCUUGUCAGUAAAGACUGUUCCUCUCCGCCCUCCCUUAGAGAUGGAAGCAGCUGUCGAGGUUACAGAGGAACGUGAUUCUCUUCAUCCUGGCCUUUCUGAUGCUCUGUGGGCUCCUGCUCUACAUCAGCGUGGCCGACCCGUGGAAAGCCCCGAACGACAGGGCAGCGGGAGAGCAGGUGCCGAGGCCAGCAAACCCGCCGGUCCUGCCAGCUCCUCAGAAGGCAGACGCUGACCCAGGACACGGCCCGGGGCUGUCACCUCAGAAGCCUCCAAGGCAUGUGCAGCGGGGACCCCCCAACCUGCAGAUCAGAGCCCCCAGUAAACACCGGGAGGACAGGAGUCAGGAUGACACCAAGCAGCGGGAAGAGGCGCUGGCCACGGCUCACCAGGACGAAGUCCCGCGGAGAACGGUGGUCAGCUGGCGGGGAGCAGUGAUCGAGCCGGAGCAGGGCACCCAAGUCCCUUCCAGAAAGGCAGACGCUCCCACCAGGCCGUCCCGGGAGGCCCCCAGCCUUCAGAACCAAGCAGGUGCGGCCCCCUCUGCACCCCGGGCCCCUGGGCAUCCUGCGGGAGAGGACGUGCCGGACGAGGCCGUGGAGGAGGUGACACGGCGCGUCCACUCCCUGCCGGGGAAGGACGGGCUGGGGCCCAUGUUCACCAACACGCACAGCGGCCUCUUCACUGAGCCUGGUGCUGAGCGCGGUCUGGGUCUGGCUGCGGGGCCCCAGCUCCCCCCGGCAUGGUCCCCUCGGUAG